AUGGAUUUUUCUCUGCGAGAGCCGCCCUCUUCUUCCUCCCGAGUGGGGAAGCCCCGCUCUAAGGCGUCGGACCUCUACUCAACUGUUAUUGUCCAUGGAGAAGACAGCGAAACGGGUGGGCGUGGGGGGUCGGAGGACGAGGAUGACAUUUCCAAGCUCCCACCUCUCCUCCAGCGCCUCCCCAAGGGGUUCGGUGCCCACCCAGACGACGAGGACGACGACGGGGAUGAUGAAGACAUGCUAGGGUUCUCCGGGACUGUAAUCGUCAAGCCCGAUCGUCCGUCCGCUUCGCCCUCUGCCAGGAGGCCCCUGAGGUCCCCUUUCGCGGACGCGAGGCGCGCGAGUCCCCGCAACCAGUUCGACGAGGCGUACGCCACCUUCUUGCGCCAAUCGACGCCACAUUCGAGCCAGGCGAGCCCGAGAGAGGACUGGGAUUCUGGAACGGUUGUCAGGAGGACUAACAGUGGUGGCGGGUGGGGGGGCGGGUUCGGGAUUUCCCCUUCCAUGAGUCAGGCGGUGGAAAUUAUGAGACAGGAGGAGGAAAGCCACCAUCAUCAGCACCACCAACAACAGAUACAGCAACAGAGGAAUAGGAUGUCUGUGAGCUCAGUUCCUGACAGCAUUACAAAGGAAGAUCCUACCGCAAAGUACGAUCUACUUCAUGAACUUGGUAAGAGUGGUUCAAAUUUCCGUGUUAUGUAGCGAUUAGUUGAGAAUUAUACAACUAGUUUGUGCUUUAGCUAUGUGCUUUUUGAUUAUUCAUCAUUGGGAAAUAAAUUUACUUCGCUCAGUUUUGUAACUGAUCUAUUAUGAACAGUCGGGAUUUCAAGUUAGCAAGUUGUCUUUUGAAGUCUUGACAACAUAUAUCACAUUUCUGAGACACUAAUUUGCAAAUACAUAAAUAGCAUACAUAAAUACAUAAAUACAUAUCGCCAGUAGUUUUUCAGGUGCAUGACACUUUUUUGAAAAGGAAAUGGAGAAAAACGAAAUGGAUAGGAACGCUAUUAGGUGUCCAUAUUCUAGACCAAGAGAUGAACCAGCUGGCUAGUUGUAGCUUUAUCGUUGCAGGCCAUAGUGUUGCGCUGAUGGAAUCCAAUUUGUCUAGAAUCAUGGGUUUUCUCGUUUCUGUCUGCUUAUCUUGAUGCAGUUGGAGUUUUUUUGCCUGAACGUUUACGGAUUGUAUGGUGUUCAUUUCAUUUUUUUGACUGGGUUUGCUCUCAUGUUGUCAGGAAAAGGCUCAUAUGGAGCUGUCUACAAGGCCAGAGACAUAAAGACUUCAGAACUGGUGGCUAUCAAAGUUAUAUCGCUGUCUGAAGGGGUAAAGUAUUUCAAUAUCUAUUCAUGGUUUCUUUUUUGUUCUUCGUGGCUACGUGCUUAUCCAUAGCACUCCAAAGUGCGUUUCCAUACGCAUUUCAUGGUCCUGUUUAAAUGGCUAUGAAUCAAUACCUGCAAGUUAAUUCUCUUAUGAGUACUCUCUUGUUAGGUUAUUGUCGAGGGGGGAAUUUUACUUUCCAUCAUCUUAUUUUUGAAAGAUUAUUCUGGCAAUCAUGUCGAACAGAUGGCCAAGGGAAUGCGACUAUAUUUUCAGCUAGUGUUAGGUUUAGCAUAGUAAAAACUUCUCUGGUCUAUUGCAAAGGUCACUUUAAGCAAGAGGACUAUAGCUUUGUAAAAAGCAGAAGACAAGUUGUAGCAGUACAUUCAGUAAACGAAGGAAUCAUUUUGUUUUUAAUAUGCAAGAGUUCAUCAUAUAAAUUUAUUUUAAACAUAUAUAUGAUAAAAUUACGUAGUGAUUGCCUAAAGGGCAGUCAUUGAGAUGAGUGGGGGCUCUUAUCACGAUGUGAUGAGUGGAAAAGUCUAAAUCAUGUUUUCAGAAGUUGGGCUGGAAAUGUGUCAGAAGCUGGAAGUUGACGAGUUGCUGUUCGAAGAUGUGUAGAAAAAAACAGAAGACUUUGAUUGAAUGAUUCAUAAGGAUAUCCUCUUCUCAUCUCAGCGAGGGACAUUUAGCUUUACAUUAAACUUAUGAACGCUAAUAACUACUACUUGUGUUGCACCUUCGUAUGUAUAUUAUACUUUAAAAAUUAGCUGUCUUUAGAGUGUGCUAGAAGGACGACAAUGAGAAUUGAGGGAAUACGAGUGAAUAGUGCCUAUUUCCUCCAUAUUUAAAGAAAGCAUUAAUCAUAGCUGGAAGAAAUCUUUUCUUUGGAGUACAAAUAAAUCCUUUUGUCUUCAUGACUAUACUUUGAUGUUUACUGUUCAUAGAAAUUGAGGAAACGAAAGGAUUCAGCUGAACCAUGGCAUCUGGAGAUGAUGAGAAUUAUGAUGAGUGGAUGUAUGGGUUAGUACUUGGCAGUUCUGUUGGUAUCGCUAAGUUGGGAGAAAAAAAAUCUGGCCAUAAUGUGUUGCCAGUGAAUGUGAACAGAAAAGGGCAACUGAGGCUCUUCAUUUUAAACUGGGGGGUAAAAAGCUUUGAAAUUAUUUUAUUUUGUUCAAACCUAAUGAGGGUGCAAGACCACGUGAGUGACAAGGCAUUAUUCAAUGAAAAGACCCUUUUUGGGCUUCUAUUGCGCUUUCUUUGUUUUUUUUGGGGGGCCUGAGCCUUGCAAGAGAACAUUGGAUAGAGAUGGGUAACAGGUAAGACUCUGUUAUUCAGAUGUGAGAUUUUCGAGGGGUUUUCUAGGCAAACAUGCUGCGUAAAGUAAUUGAGUUACCAUUGAUAUGAAACCCUAAUACCUUGAUGAGGAUAUGAUACAUAAUACCAGUGCAUAUGAUAUCGUAUCCAUAAACACUUGCUGGAGACGAAAAUAUAGUCAUUAGGCACAACUAUCUUCGGAAAAUUAAGACAAUAUGCCGGAGGACUAGGUGAGCCUGAUGUUUUGAGGGGUGGUUAACUAAACUCUGGUAUAAUGAGCUACUAUUGCUGUGAGAACUCUGCAACGUUGAUAGAUUCGCAUGGACUGUAAACGGCUGGGCGGUCUGGAUGAAGGUGCUUUUUUUGUACAUAAAAAACGGUAUGAUCUCUGCGAGAAACAAGAAAGGGCGGUUUUCUUUAAUGAAGUACGAAAUUUGAUUACAAAUUUUACCAAUUUUUUUUUUCUGGUGGUGAUUUCAAUGUUUCGAUUCAUGGAUAGGUGAGGAGGUAGUAUCGAUGCAGAGAGUGUAAAAUACAUUUUUUGAUCGGUUGAUUAUGCAUUGGAAUUUGUUUGAAAAGUUCAUGAUUCAUGUUUUCUCAUGAAAAAUCUAAUGAAGAAUAUUCUAAAACUUGGAAAGUUUUUGUUUCAAACUGAGACAAGCCAAAAAGAAUAUGUUUUUCAUAUACGAAUGUGCAUGGAUGCAUCACAAAAGUAUAAUUUUUCUUGUUUAAACUUUUGAAGAAUGUAAAAGGUUGGAUAUUUCACGAAUAAUGUGUAGUGAAAUACAUCUGCUGUUUUGACUGUAGCAUGUAUAUUUCAAAACUUGUUUUUUUUGGUUUUUGACUGUGUGAUGUCAAAGGAAUUAUUGUGCUCGGAUAUGAAUAUGAUGGAUACAUCACAAAAACUUCUUUUUCUCAAGUGGUGUUCGGGGGAAUAAUUUACAUUUUUUUUAAGAAAUAUGUGUGGAUGGGAUAUUGUAGAAAACAUAUGCAGUUUAUCCGCUUCUUUAAUUGCAACAUGCAUGAAUUGUAGCAGAAUAUUAAUUUUUCAAAAACGUAGUAGGGAUGACUUUAUUAUCACGAAGUAGUAAUUCAUGGCCUCUUAGGAAUGCACUUGAAUAAAAAAAAAAGUUGAAGGAUCAAUAAACGAUUAGAUGGUUUUGGGAGGAAUAUCGAACACAUUUGGACGUGAUGCUGGAAUGAAAUCUGAAAUAUAAAGGUAAGUUGAUUGAUAUUUCAGGAACGUCAAAAAAUUUGUUCACUUUUGUAGACAGUUCCUCCUAGAGGUGGGAAAAGAUGUGUUAGUGUCACUUUAAUUAAUUAAUAAAAACAUUCUUUUCACUAUCCUCUUCCUGGGAAGUUCUAUUUUUGUUAACCUUGCUGAUGAUUCAGUCCGUGUGUUGAAAAAAACUAAAUUGCAACUCUCAUCAUCUUUUUCAUUAUCUCGCACACUAUUUUUUUUCUUGAAGUAAAUAUAUGCUUACUGCAUUAGCUUUAUGAUCAGGAAGAGGGUUAUGAGGAGAUUCGUGGUGAAAUCGAAAUGUUGCAGCAGUGUAGCCAUCCAAACGUUGUUCGUUACUUUGGAAGCUAUCAAGGAGAAGAAUACCUCUGGGUAUGAACUUUUAUACGUGUUUUAUAGUAAAUAAUUUUUUAUUGACCGAAAAGUCAUGUUCCAUUAGUGAUAUUGCGAGUUAUUGGUUUUUAGUGAUUGUUUAGCUGCUUCAAGGUUACUUGUGUUAUGAACAAGAAACAUAAUCUGAUAUCCAGAUAGGAUCCCAUUGAUGGUGACGUAAAUGGUUUUAUGACAUUCACCGUCUCUUGAUUCGUAUUCAGUUUGAUAACUCAAUACAACCAUUGCAGAUUGAUUACUCACUGCGGUCGUGCAUGGGCCUAAACUGAUUGCGAUUGGUUUGACCCUGUAAUUUAAUACGGUAUCAGAGUCGGUGAUUGCUCUUGAGCUGCAAGUUUGUUUACUUAUGUGAAAAAGUCAUGAAGUGAACUUGCAAGUGAUGGUGUGCUAGAAUAGCCUUCUAUUCAAAAAAUCAUGUGGCUGGAUAUAUGGACCUACUUCACUCAGUUGGUGAUUGAUUGGUUAUUAGAUGAUGAAAUAACUUUGAAAAGCUUGGCAGCCACAUUGAAGACGAAAAACAUUUCACAUCUACCUUUUGGAGAGUAGUUUCAGUUAAUUAAUGUUACAUUAUAUGCUUCUUAACUCAUGUUGUUGCAGCCUCCUCAGUUAACAUUUUUACCAUUUAACUGAAUGAUAAUACAUGGAGGAAGAUGCUGUUAGAGGUGAUGAAGAAGAGAGGGGUUUGAGAAGACAAGAUGAAAGGGGGAAGAGAGUUGCUCACUGAGCGUAUACUUCUGACAAUAGUUGGGUCAUCUUACAUACACUGCUGCACUGAGUAGAGAAAUAAAAGUGGCAUCAUGCCAGAAAGUAGUUUCUCCUUCAAAUACAAGGAGGUUAGGGGAACACAUUCCAUGUUUACGUUACUUACACCAAAAAAAAUUCCACGUUUGAAAUUUUUAUUCUCUGAAAAGUUGUUUCUGCCUUUUCUACUUCACGUUCUCUACUUCAAAAGAAAAAAAAUUGUUUAUUGGCAAAAAAUAAAUGGUGGAUAUAUCGGAUCUUCUGGGAAUUCUGACUUUUGGCGAAUUCAUUUAAUUGGACAGUCUUUUCCUUUGCUAUUGACUGUAGUACCUUGUUUAGUGCUUAAGGCACAUCACUCCGUAUAUAGAGAAAACUAAAGACGUGUAUAUCUAGUUCGGAUGUAACCCUAUUCAUAUGUGAGUUACUCUAGCUGAGCAUUACUAUUUAUUUGCUUUCUUCCAGUCACUUUUAUUUUGCUGGGAACUAUUACGAUGUCUUAGAGGAUUCUAUAAUAACAAUGUCUUACAUCCAUUAUAAAAUUAUCUUUCUUUUCUCUUGGUGAAGACAAUUUCUACAUCCUAAUGUUCACAGCGCAACUCUGUUCUGGCAGAUAGUUAUGGAGUACUGUGGCGGUGGAAGUGUUGCUGACUUGAUGAACAUUACUGAGGAGCCUUUAGACGAGGGCCAAAUAGCAUACAUUUGUAGAGAAGCUUUGAAGGUGCAAACCUGCUGUCUGGUUACUCCAAUGGAGUAACUAAGGCAUGAUCGCUUUUUUUUUUUUUAAAACGUUUUCCUCAGUAACGUCAUCUUGUGGGGCCACAGUCUAUGCACAAUCAGGCAUUGAUGUCUGUUCUUUUGCCUCUUGAACAAUAUGGAAAUGAUUCUUUCAAAAUGUGCUUCAUAUUUCACUUUCUCUUGAUAAAUUUAAGCUUCCUGUUUCAGGGGCUAUCAUAUUUGCACUCUAUCUUUAAAGUUCAUAGGGACAUUAAAGGAGGUAACAUUUUACUUACCGAUCAAGGAGAGGUAAAGCUGGGUAAGUGCUGUACUUGUUCAUGUUAUUUUUCCAAAUUCACAGCAAAACUUUGGACGCAAGAAGUUCAAAUUUAUGAGGUGACUUCAUAACUUUUUUGAUAAAUAUAGUUUUAUGUUGGUAACUUUGAAUAGGUGAUUUUGGUGUGGCUGCUCAGCUUACACGGACUAUGUCGAAACGCAACACGGUAAAUAUUGAUUAAAUUGUGAAUACAGUUUAGUAAACUGUUGCAUCAGGCGCAUGUUGUUUUAGUGAUAUGGAAGGAAUGUCAUAUCUUGUCAGGGAAGCCAGACUAUCUCUUCUUCAUCUUCAUCCAGGAUCAUGUUUGUGUGAUUUUCCAGUCUUAUCGUUAACGUUUAACCUUCACUUCUCAAUGUGAAAAACCUCUUCCUAUAUGUUCUGUGCCCAGAAGGUACGCCUUCUACACUGCUUUAGGCUACCCUCUCAACAACAACCCCUUUUAUCUUUCCGGUUCCUGAUGGCUAUUCGAAAAGCAACAGGGGGUUCCUUUUGUGUUGAAGGCGGUCUCAUGGACUGGUCGCCUUUUGCUGUCCUCUUGUAGAAAAUGGCCAUACCUCUCCAUUAAUACUGAAUGUGCCAACACUCGCUUCCUAUAUGUUCUGUGCUUUCCUUCUCUGUACCCUGGUUUCUGUGACCCUCCAUGAUCACAUAUUUUUUAGAGGUCUACAAUCUGUUGAGCUCAGCUACAUGUUUAAUGUCAUAGUAAAUUAUAUUUUCUACACAGGGUUGACAUAGUUGGAAUCGUCAAGUGAACCAAUUCUAUUCUUUCCUAGAUCCCUUGGGAUCUUGUCUCCAGAUGCGGUCUCACUGGAGCUGAAACACAAAAAGACUGUCUCAGACAAUAAAACAUGGUCAAGGGAGUAUGAAGGUCCUACUUAAAGAGAACAUUGAGUGGAAUAUGAUAACUCUUUCUAGCCUGGCACUGAAUUCCUUUGUAAUUAAAGAUAGUUCAAAAACAAAGUAAGAACGAAUCCAAGCCUUUGUAGGGAAGUACGUCUUUGCAGGCGCCUAAGAGAGAAGAUAACUUGAACUCUGCUUGUUGGUACAACUCACUUGAAACAAAAUUGCUGUCACCAACUCAUAGAAUCAAUUCAAUGGCCACUGGUGUCAUAAAAAGAACUUCCAAAAGGAAUAUCAGUGUACAGCCAAAAUUUCCUGGGCAGACGUUGAGGGUCAUCCACCUGCAGCAGCUUUUUUUACCUUAUGGUGGCCAUUCGUUGCUGAAUGGCCAUGGAUCAGCGAGAAUUACUCAUGUGAUCAAUCCUUUAUUCAGGAUAUUUGUGCAAUUUUCUUUUUCCUUUCCCUCUUGAAGCUAUAGUGCGGGCAAUGCAAUUCCUUUGGUUAUAUACUAGAAUUAUGAUUCUAUCAUUGAAAUAGGGUGAUUCCUUUGGAUCCUAAGUUCACAUUCCGAUUUGAUUCCUUGGCACUAACUACUUUAUACCAUUUUUGUCUAGUCAUCAGAUCAGUAGUAGAAUUGAUGAUUUCCCUCUUGUGGAAACACAAUGUUCUGGUCUGCAGUCAUUGUUAGAAGAAUGUGGGAUUUUGCUUUUUUGAAAGAUGUAAAACCGCUAUUCAUUAAUAGUCAGAAAUUGCAGGUAAUGUGACAAGGUGUAUAGUACCUAGUAUCCUGUUGAAUAUAAUAUGACGAGAAUCAGAUGUCUUUCUCUGAAAGGAGGUAAUAAUGCAGAUAACUGUGGGAAAUUCUAACCGGUUCAUUAUCAAGGGGUCUGAUAGUGCUGAUUUCCAGAUUCGCUGCUUUUAUUCAAAUGUUAAUAAGUAAGUACUACCUGACUAACGGGAACUCUAGAUAGCAUAAAUUUUCGUAGUAAUUAAAGAACAUAAAUUUUCUGUGUAUAAGUUAGACCACAGAGUUUAAAUCUCAAUUAUAGUAAGUUAGUUCAUUUAUUUUCUGCUAUUUGUUUCAAUAUUUUUUUAUCAGGUACAGUAUAUCAUAUUUACAGCAGGACAGUUUAAAUUUGCUGGUCUGCAUUUGAAUGGUGUUAAGAAUUUGAAGCUGCCUAAAUCUAGAGUCGAGCUACCUUGAGCGCAUAUAUAGUUGGAAUACUUGGCUUAAAGCUGCUACUUGUUUUGCAGCUUAUUGGGACACCUCAUUGGAUGGCCCCAGAAGUUAUUCAGGAGAGUCGGUAUGAUGGAAAGGUAACUUGCUGCUUAUUACUCAUAAUAUCUUCUCAUGAAUUGGUCUUUUUCAUUCUAUUGCCUUUGCAUUGUAAUAAUAAUUCUUCGAGGGAUCCAACUGUUAUCAUUUUGUUUCUUUGGGAUGUCUUUUUUCCUCGUUUCAAAUUCCUUCUUGUUUUCAUUAUGACAGUGCCACAAUUUUCUAGACGAAGCUAGAAAUACAAGCAUAUUGAUUUGGAUCUAGGGCUUUCUUGUAUAGGAUAGUGAUAUCAUCAUUUGACCUUAGAAGUUGGAAAGGAAGCGAGUAAUGAACGUAUGUGGGAGGGAUAUGAGCAAUUGAACUUGCAGCUAUCAAUGAUUCUCAAUGGAAAAUCUUAGAUUACGUGGAGAGGUGAAGUAUCCCAGAGUCAGUUAUAUAUUGCAGUGCCUCUUGGUCACUGGCUGCGCUAGUUGGCGUAUUAGUAGGGAAUGCGUUUCAUUACAAAGCAACUUAAAACUAUAUUAUAAUUGUAUAAUCUGUUAAUUUAAGUUAGUUGUGCGUAUCUUUUUUUUUUUAAUGUAAAAGACAUUUCCGCUGUUUCUUUAAUGACCGUAUUUUUCUAGGUUGAUGUAUGGGCUCUUGGUGUGUCUGCAAUUGAGAUGGCAGAGGUAAUUUCUUGCCACAUGUCGCCUCUACAUUUUGUACUUAUCUCUCUUUUUGGUUAUGUCAACGCUAAAAUUCCCUGACAGUCAUAUAUCUAUGACCAUUGUACAUGAUUUGCUUCUAACUUCUGUUUCUUUCUUUCCAAAUUCCAGGGAUUCCCGCCAAGAUCCAAUGUUCACCCAAUGAGGGUUAGUGCCUGGCUUUUUUAUGGAUGUUUUGUGAUAUGCGUUUCCUCUAUAGAAGCUUAUAUUGAAUGAUACUUUAGUUUCGUGGUUACUUUUAAUGCUUUCUUUUUCUGUAUGAGCUCUCAGGAUAUAAGUAGCUUCAUGGAACCUGUGCUUUGUUUUAGAUUCCUAUAGAGCUUAAAUCUUUUGAUUUGUUUUAGAACCUGUAUGAGCUUUGUUUUCAUAUGGCUGGUGCAGCUGAGCUUGUAAAAAUCUGCAUAAUUUAAACUUAGAAAAAUGAGCGGUAUUUAUUAAUCAAUGUUUACUCUGCUGAAAUACGGCAUAACAGUUCUCUUUAGCAGUCAAUAUUAUGUGUCCUCUGCAGGCAUCUUGUCUAUUCUGUUGUAUCAGGUUGUCAGGAUUGAUGGAUGAGAUGCCCAAAUGGAUUCUGACUUCCCAAGAAGCAUUAACCAAGUGUAAAGUCCCACUGUGCUAACUGAUCUGGCUGAACAUGGGGGAGAUUUGGAGGGCAUUAAGGGAUUAUUUACUGGAUGAUGACGAAAAGCAUUAAAAAUCUGCAUAAUUUAAACUUAGAAAAAUGAGCGGUAUUUAUUAAUCAAUGUUUACUCUGCUGAAAUACGGAAUAACAGUUCUCUUUAGCAGUCAAUAUUAUGUGUCCUCUGCAGGCAUCUUGUCUAUUCUGUUGUAUCAGGUUGUCAGGAUUGAUGGAUGAGAUGCCCAAAUGGAUUCUGACUUCCCAAGAAGCAUUAACCAAGUGUAAAGUCCCACUGUGCUAACUGAUCUGGCUGAACAUGGGGGAGAUUUGGAAGGCAUUAAGGGAUUUAAAGUCCCACUGUGCCCAAAUGGAUUCUGACUUCCCAAGAAGCAUUAACCAAGUGUAAAGUCCCACUGUGCUAACUGAUCUGGCUGAACAUGGGGGAGAUUUGGAGGGCAUUAAGGGAUUAUUUACUGGAUGAUGACGAAAAGGGUUAGGUGGGAGGGAAUUUGGAGGCAAGAAAAAAUAAAUAUUUGAAGAAGGGGAGAUCAAUAUUAGAGAUAGGUGAGAAAAAUAGGGGAGAAAUGAAGCAUAUGGUAGAUAAAGCUUCGAUUUUAUCGGCGAGGAUAGAUGCCAAUAUUACUUUGGUAACAUUGAAAACAAGUAUGAAAAAUCGGACGAAUGAAAGAGGUGCAGCAACGGAGAUAUGGUAGUAUAGAAUAUAGGUAGGGAAAAUAAAUGAGGCUGAUGAUUUACUGGGCAAUGAGCUGGUGUGAUAAGUCUUUGGUGACAAAGUGAGCAAUAGAGCGGGAGCUGGUGUGAUAUGUCUUCGGUGACAAAGUGAGCAAUGGAGCGGGAACUUCAUGAGGACCGUAAUUCUUCGGAUUUUGCUUCUGUGAAGUAGUUGAAGUUUGGUAUGUAGAUUCAAGUUAGCUUCAUAAACUCAGCUUUAGUUGUAUGGAGAUAAUAUUUUUGGGAGUGUCUGUUUAUGUUUGUGCCUUCCACUUCGACGUGGAAAGCACAGCAUUAUUGGGGGAUUUUUUUAUUAUGAAUCGGUUCUGUUGCUCAAGUUCCUGUCUAAAUGGAGAUUUUAGUGCAUGUAAAUCUUCAGAAUCGAUUUUUUUAGGUUCUAUGAUGUAAUUUUGUUGCAUUAUGUUAUUUUCAAAUUCUGAACUCUGAAUAACAUUCGUCAUUCCUUCAUUCGACUGAGAAGUUUUGAAAUUAGUAUUUUCGGUUACAAUAUUUUGCUAUAAUUCCUUCACAUGGAUAGAUCUGGUUUUCUAUAACUGUGGAAAUUUGUUUGGUGUGGGCGGGGCACUUCUCAUCAACUAUUCUGAUAUCAUAAGUAGGUAGGAGGUUUGAUGUUGAUACUAUUUCAGAAGGGUUGUUUGCAACUCUUCCUUUCACCAAAUUCGGCAAUUAUCUAGUGAAUGUACAGUUAUUAUGAACAUCUACGUAAGGACAUUGUCCAUUCUAUCUAUAUUUAUAAAAUAAUGUUUGGAUGCUUUGAAAUAUAGAUCGUUGGUAUGCUUUCUCUCAGCAAGGGAGUGCUUCUUGUAUUUACUAAUAGUUUUUGUUUUUUCUGUUGAUAAGUAAAAGUCAAUGUCACAAAACGGUUCCUUUCAUGCAGUUUGACUGUGUUCCUUUCAUUUACGAUAAGUACGUCAUGAUUCCCACUUAAUUGUUUUUUAGGUACUGUUCAUGAUUUCUAGCGAACCGGCUCCUAUGCUUGAAGACAAGGAAAAGUGGUAUGGUUUCUUGCCAAGAAAACGUCUACGUGAGUUUAAGUAUCAUACGUUGUUGCUACAUUUUUAGGCUGAUUGGUUUUUACCAUUCCUGACUUUGAAUGUUUCCAUUACAAUAGAAACACAAGUUAAAUAUGUGAUACUUAGUAGUUUGUCUGAGUCGGAUGGCCUUUUUUCUGAGAACUAGAACCAGUGUAUAUUGAAAAUACGACGCCUUAAUAAGCCAUCUAAUUGGCAGUCAAAUUAUUUCCGAGAUAUUGCCGUUGCAUCUAUAACUAUUCUGAGGUUAUGAGACAUUCCUCUAUAGGCCUGAAAUAGCGUGAUUCUUUGAUUUUCUGCAUUGUUAUGCAAUAACCAUAGCGGCACUAGUACCUUAUCUUGAUGUAUUCCACAUGUUUUUACUGUUGUAAUUUAUGCUGGAUGCUAAUUUUUACUCUAGUUCUGUCAACUUGAACCCCAAGCACAUCUGCCAAUUUCGGUCUGAUCUGUCGAGUAGAGCUAAUAUAUAAUCUGACACAGUGGGUUUGGGAAUGGAUGUCAAAUCUCAAAAUGGGAAAUACUUACCAGGGUCGCCAUGUUGUUGACAAAAUUGUUUUUGAGAGAUGACAAUUACUGCAUCAUUUAUGAAUAUCCCAAUGCUAUACGAUGAGCAUUCUCUAUUUCACUUUUUUUUCAGGUAUUUCGCUGACACGAAUCGUUUAGCCUAUGUACCCAUGACUUAUGUGCCUUAUCACUGAAUUUUUUAAUCCAGAAUAUUUCAUUCGUCGCAUCUUUCCUUAGAGAAUGAAGAUAUAUGCACUCUGCAGUUUGUUUAAAUAAGCUGGUAUAAACCAUUGCAGUUAUGGCAGGAGAUGUUCUUGCAGUAUCUCUGUACACUUGAUUGUUGGGAUGUGAAUAUAUAAGUCUAGAUUAGUUUAAAGUUUCAUUUGGGCUUUGAGAAACUUCAUUUUCUAUGGAAAUUGUUGUGGUGAUCAUUGUAUACUGGCUGGUAUGUUCACCAUUUUAGGUCGGCCUUGUCCAAUUGUCACAUUCCACUUAAAUACUCUUUAUAUUGAAUGCAUGCGUUAUGAAGCUGUGGAUAUCAAAAUAAAGGUUUUUCAUUCCUCCUUUCUAUCUUUGUUUUCUGGCGAAUGUUUGUAGUAUUCUUUCUUUUGAGCUAGCAACCCUUUGGAUUUUCAGACAUUAGAUUCCAAAAAUCAGUUGUAACCGAAUUGGUGGUUAUUAAGCAAAGAUCUUAUGGUUUCUUUUGGCAUUUAACUUAUUCUAGGUCUCUGCUUUUUCAUGAUUUCGUUGCGAAGUGUCUCACAAAAGAUCCACGACUGCGUCCUACUGCUGUCGAGAUGUUGAAGGUGCGUGUGAAGUUUUAUAAAUCAAUUGGUUAUACAGAAGUCGUCAUCACUUCACCAUAAAUAAUGCCUAUCCUUAACGGAUUUCACCUUGAAAUGCUGCUAGAUUAGAGUUGUCAGACGGCAAAAAAGAAAUUCUAUUUUAAUUGCUAACAUGUGAAUACUUUCCGCUGAUGAUAUUAUCUCUAUGAUUUUUUAUAAAGAGAUAUAAUGCCAAUUUGAUUCAAGGGUGUGUUUUACGCUUUAUUUAUCUAUUAGCAGGUGCCUAUGAGCAUAUUUCACUGAGAGGAAGGUAAAAAAGAGUGAGGCAGUAAAAACGUACUCCCCAAUGAUAGCAACCAAAAUCCAGUACAGGCACAAUUAUUCGGUAUAGAUGGCAGGAGAGUAGUUAAGAUGGAGGUGAAAGAUUAAAGAGAUCGAAAAUCAAGAAAGAUGCUAGAGCAUAGGUUCUGUGCUGAGACGUCAAUGGGAGACCAAGGCUCAAUGAGUGGAUUUCCUGUUGUAUCUUUUGUGAUGGAUAACAAAGAUCAGCUCUGAAGAAGUUCUAUCAAGUCAUAAAUCUCGUGUGUCAAUGGACACAUUUGGACUACGUAUUGUUUUUACUCAAAUAUCUCCUCAAGUAGUAUCCACAUUCUGGUAGUGUCCCCUUCCUUGGUAUCAUUUGUUGGACCGCUCUCCUGUCAAAAAAAAGUUAAUGGUAUAAGAUACAAUAACACGGUUCUCCUAACACAGACUCUCAUAUUUGGGUUCUUCAACCUUCGGAGUUUUAAUACUCCCAUUUACGUAACCUAAUUUUCCUAUCCGGCAAAAUAUACUUUAAGGCGGCAGCGGACCACUACCAUGACGUUGGUCUGAUUUGACUUCAAUGGUGACAAAAUUCCACUUGGUAUAGCUGCCGAGUCUUCACUGUUGUAGAGGAGGCCACUUCGUUUGGAAGAUGAACUCAAUGAUAGGACGGAUGACUGCUGAAGAAAAAUAAUAUUGAAAAACUAGUGAAAACCUGUAGCAACGAAGUCAGUUCUGCUUGAAGCUUAGCCCGCCUCCCCUAGGUACAAUCACCCAUGAAAGCACGUUCUAAACCUCUGUUGUGUUGGCCAGAUCAUUGGUCUCCCUUUGUGUUCUCAGGAAAAAUGGAGUGUUAUGGUUUCAUACGUUUCAAGUUCUGUAGAGAAUUAGUCGCCACUAUGGACCCAAUAACUAGGACUCCCUGAAGAGAAAUCUGGGAUCCUGAAGUGAGACCGAAAUAGGUCUACUGGACCACUUCCUUGGAAGCCCUAUAUUUUAGGUCUUUUCUUUCUCCCUGAUGUAAGACUUCAAGACAACAGCUGUUUUCUUUACCCAAAGACCAGAAUUAGGCGUGUGGAGUUUCUUGCUGAACCCUAGACUCCAGGUCUUCCUCGAACUUUCUUUGUUCGUUUCUUGUGUUCUAACAUCUACCAAUUAACUAACUGGAGAUAUUAAUCGAAAUAAAAAACCCACUAUUACUUAAUUACGUCAUGAAUAAAAAAAUUCCUCUGAUUUAUGGCAGGAAUCAAUUUCCAACAUCAUAGAUAAUCAAAUUACUCCCUGAAAGGUGGAAAUCAAGAUAAAACACUGAUUACUGUUCUUGUCAGAGCUUGGGAUCUAGUGGCUCCUAGCAGUCUGAUUGAUUAAUCGUUUAUUUUUUUUGUUUCUAUGUUUCAUUCUCACCACUGUAUUAUCAGCAAUUUCGAACGAUUUUCCUUUGUUUUGUAAGAGAUGUCUAUGAUGAGCUGAAGUAUUCACCAAUUUUUUUGCUUUCCAUCUUCAUUCAUACGAAAAAGGAACAAGUUGACGAGCCGAAUUAUUCGCUAAUUGAAGAUUUCUAUUAUGGUUCUGAAUUCUGAUGCUGCUUCUACUCCCUGAUUUGCUGAUUUGCUUUGUGAGUGCCACAUCUUCUUCUACUCUCUGUAGAUUGUUCAUGACAUCUAAAUAGAGUUGGAAGUUAUCGAAAUUUGGCGUUAUCCUGUUAUAAACCCCUGGAUGAUCCUUUUUAUAGCGAUGCACAAAAUUCGAGCUGAUCAGCGUAUUGGAUUGCUGACUCAGCUGAUUCUUGAUGUGGAUUGGCCAGGAUCAGCUCACGUAAGUUGAAUCGAAUGGGAUGGAUUGGUCAGGAAUUGGCUGAUCAGAGAGGCUUAUAAUAAAUUAAUAAAGUUCUCACUUCUCCUGGAUUGUCUGAUCUGUUCCCAAUACCAAUCCCAGUCCCAAUCCCAAUCUAGAUCAGAUUGGGCUUAGCUAGUUCAGCGGCCAAAUCUUAUGCAGAAUAACGUGGUUGAAUAACAGUGAACUAGACACUCUUACAUCAUUCUUCGUAAUUUUAUCUUGACCUCUGAAGGAACGUUAUUCAAGAAAUAUACAAAUGAUUUGAGCUUUGUUUUCAGCACAAGUUUAUCGAGAAAUGCAAUUCUGGAGCUUCCAAAAUGUUGCCAAAGAUUAAAAGAGCAAGGCAGAUUCGGGCUACGAUAGCCGUGCAGGUAGUUAUUAAGUUUGAGUCGUUUAGUGUCCAUACACAUUGUAGAAUUGGGCUCUCUGUCAAUUUGGUGGCUCUAUCGCUUUAAUUGAGACAGUGAUUUCUUCGUUCGUAUUUUUGAUGUAGAACAGCCUGUUGAGGAAGAGAAGGGUACAGAAGAAGUUGUGAACCUUGGAGAUACCUUUCCGGUGAAACCUCAGGACAUAGACACGGUUGAUAAAGGUAGUACUUCCACGAAGCAUCAAAGAUUCCAAGAUGUUGAGCUUCCGUCAGAAGGUGUUCCUUGAUCUAUCUAUGGACAAUCUUUGGCCAACAUUUUGAUCAAUAUUGAUGAUUUCUCUGAUUUAUCUCUCGUUUUUAAUGCGAAUUUAAAGCGCAAACUCUGUCAAUGCAAAAUCGUGAAUGCCUGUUUAAGAUUAAAAUGAUAUUUGAUAUGAUUUUUUUCAUCUGUUGCUUAUCCAGAAAAUAACCGAAAUAUUCCCUUAAAUUGUGAAAGAGACAUAAUGAGUACUCCAUAAGAUAUUUUUGAAGGGACUUCUCCAAAAGGUGGUUUGCCUGCAUCGACACUAUGAUCAACCAAUCUGGUCGCUAUUAUUUCUAUUGCUCGAUCUUUUUUUUUUUUUUUUAAUCUGUGGUUGGCUCAGUGUAUGUGAUCAUUUUAGUUUUGUGGGGCAUAAUUAAUUGCUUCUAUCAAUGUUCUAGGCUAUUGACUCUAUUUAUUCUUCAAGCAUAUGAUUUCCUUUGUAAUCCUAUUUUGGGUAUAAUAUUUUUGAAUUUUAAAUAUACCUAGUCUUUGUUAUGGACAGUUCCCUCAUAAGUGGAGGUUUCUGUAAUCAAACUUUCAUUAUCAAGAAACGAAGGUAGCAAUGCUGUUUUCAAAUGUUUAGAUAGAUCAUGCUCAACAGGUUAAUGAGCCAUCAACUUAUUCUGGAUCUUUUAAGACUGAAUUUUUUCUCAAUGAUUUUCCGCUUUUAGAUGAUACUAUGACUUCAUCUUUACAAUAUUUCUUCGCUUUUUAAUGAUCUACAAGGAUAAACGGCUGUCUGGAAGUGGGAUGAUUUAGUUACUUUUCCCCAUGGAUGUAGAGCUCUUUUGACACAAAAAAGUGUCUCUCGUGCUCCUAUCUGUGAUGAGGCUACCACCAAUCCUUGGAUGACCUAGUGAAUGGGUUUCAAAUGGGUCUUGCUAGCUCUGUGGAAAUGAUGAUUUUACUCAGAUUAUAUCAGUGUCCUGCCUUCAGUUCCCUUAAGAGUGUCGGCGUGGUUGGACUUGCCUUGGUGACAGGGUGUGCAAUAAGAGAAUGCCUGUAAUUUUUUGGAGUAUUUGAUAGAUUAACUAAAUUAAUAAGUCAGUUCAGUACCUUUUGCUGUAAUCUUCAAAGAUUUGUAGCAUUGAUAUCUCUUCCUCUUUAUACUUUCAAACUGCUAGGGUUUGUUUCAAUUAUUUAUAGGUAGCAUGCAUCUUCUUAUUGUACUCUCCUAAUGUACUACUUUUGGUUUAUACAUGACAAAUUGUUGAAGGCAUCUCAUUCUCAUUAAAAAUUACUUUUCUUUCAGGUGAUUUUGGAACAGUCAUAGUUCGCUCCCACACUAAUGAUAAUGAGGUUGGUCCUGAAACAUCCAGCGUCAAUAAUGCAGAAGGGCUUUUACCGGCGUCUGUGGACGCCAACAAUGAUGCUGUAAGCAAUUCAGGAGAUAAGAUCACGAGUCUCAGGUAACUACUUUUUGUAGGUUGUCUGUCUGUUAAGCAUCUGAGCCUGUCCCUUAACUUUGUCUGUAUGCAAUAUACUGAGUGGUUUGCUAGCUUAAUCUAGCUUAUGCAUAAUAUGCUCUUGUUGACGCAAUCUCUAGGUUUUUAUUCCUAAUUGUAGUAACUGUAAAGUUAAUUAGGACUACCUGUAAGGUUGGUUUAUUUUGCAUCUGGUCAUAAUGCGUCAUAUUUCUGGAGGUGGCAACUAUGGAUUGAUAUUGUUUCUAGAAGUGGUACCAAUAUCAUUACGAGUUAGAGGUACAAUGCGGGUAUCACUUUACAGUUACUAUUUAAUAUGAAGUUGAAAAAUAUUUGGCAUAAAAGAAUAAGUUGCUGUUUCCCGAAUCCGAAAACAAUCUGUUAAUGUUUUUUAUGUCGUAUAGAUUUAAUAUGAAUUGUCUCCCUUCUAAGUACAGAAGAUCAAGUAAUCACGUUUUCAAUACGUGAGUUCAGCAGAAAUACUAUUUCAACAGAGAUUUAUCCUGUUUAACGUGGCUGGGGGAGAAAUUUAUCGGGAAAACCUCUGCAUUGAUGGUAGAUGGGUCUUAAAAUAAUUGAUCAAAAGGAGUGUAAUUAACGCUGAGAGCAAGAUCACUUUUUGGAAGGUUCCAGGAGCUAUAUCAAUGAGCGUAUCCAUUCUAUGGUAGAUGGGUCUUUUGAUUUAUUCCGUUAAAUAAUGGUUAAUGAAGAACAACUCAUGAAACCUUUGUCUGUGUCAAGUAAAUAGUUGUUAGCAAGGAUUGCCAAAAUCAGUAUCAGAUCAGAACAGUCGCGUCAGCCAAUCCAAAGGGAGAAGCCGAUGUGACUAAAACUAUAGAACAAAAAAUAUUGAGAUUUACUUAUAAUUGUAUAUAAUGAAAAAGAUAAACAGUUGACUGCUCCGAAGUAGGUGGCUGUUUAUUAAAACCUCCACUUUUGUUCCCUUCCCUCCCAUCCCACCCAUCCCACCCAUCCCACCCAGCCCUUACCCUUUUCCGUGAGUAUUGGGUAACUUUUGCGGGGAAUAACAGCAGUUUAUGGUUCCACAUGAGUUAAUUUUUUCCUCGCUUUUUUGUUAUUUUUCUCCAUCUAUAUGUAUCAUAUAUUUUAAGGUUCUUUUGUUCGUGCUUCAGUCUUUGUCUUCAACCAAUAGUGGUCAAGAGUGAACGGCCUGCAGUCUCCAACUUCAGUAGGCAGGCCCCUUUUCGAUCCUGACAUUGACCAGGGUUGGGAAUCGAGUGUGGUUUUCUCCAUCUAGUUUUUAUUUUAUUUUUCCUGAUUUUGUAGGGUUCGUCCUAAUGUUCCUCCCCUUCGAUCCAAAUUGGUAAGUCCGGAUCAAAGUGACCACAAUCAGCAGAAAAUGAUUACAUGUUUUCGAGUACUAUUUAGGUAUGGCAGAAACAUUUGAUGUUGGUCUCAGAGUAUGGGGUUUGAAAAUGAGAUUUCUAGAGGAAGGUUCAGAAGGCCUGAAGCCUAUGCGUGUCAUCGUGUUAAAUCGGAAGUGUAGCGCCUCAUGUUGCUUUAAAGGCAGAUCGUCCUUCUCGAAUGGUGGUAAACCUUUUGGACUCGGAUAGCCUCCCAGUAUCACCGUAGAGCUUUAGUUGCUUCAGUGAGUGGUUAUUCCUUGCUUACAGUUCUUAUUCGUCCUCAUCUAAUGGUUAUAAACCUUUUAGUUCUUUAAUUGCUUGAGGCCGCCUUUACUGCUUUUGUUACCAUCUCUUCUGCAUAUUUUCCAUCCCUUUCCGAAUGGAAGCCUCCCUGCCUUUUCAUAGCGGUGAUACCGUCAUUAAGCUAACGCUUUCUAUGCUGUUCUGAUGUCACAACCAGGAAAGCCACCCAAAGACCGCAGGGCGUUGAUCAAACCCUAGAUUUCCAAGAACCAAAGGGGCUUCAAUCUACAGCCCCUGGAUCUCCAGUGAGUAAGCUAAACGCAGAAGGGGCACAUCAGUCGCGGGAAGAUGGCAACAACUCCGCCUCUAGAGGUGGGCCUGUUGUUGGCAGCACAGUGAAAGUCACUGUGUCUCGCAAAGCCUUUGCAGUACAGGAUAAAGUAACCUUCCACUUUCUCAUCUAAUAUCUGAGCAAGUUUUUGGAAUCAUAUGGCGCCAAACUUACUAAUAUUGUUCUACACCCUCUGCUAUCCUCGAUUUCUACAGCUCUGGUCCAUUUAUGCCGCUGGUAACACGGUGCCAAUACCAUUUCUGAGGGCGAUAGACGUCUCUCCUCUGGCCUUGGUCUCUGACAACGUGCUGGGCGACAGAUCGCCGGGGAGAAGCGGCGGUGCUGCACUUGAAGCCGUCAGGGAGCUGUUCAAUGGUGACGGGCAAGCAAAGAAAGCCCGCAAAGCCCAGAACGAGGUCCACCGGCGGCACCUACCGUUUUCAUUUCAUCACAAUCCAAGCUGUGCAUGCGCAUCUAGCUCAUCGUCUACCUGCUUCUUCUUAUAAUUAUGUAGAUUCCGCUUCCUGCGAGCGUACAACAGAGGCUAGCCGCCAGCUCGACGCUGAUGAAUCUCGCUCAGGCGUUGGCCUACCAUCAAACGUAAGCUUUCCUUCCCCUUGCUCUCUGGCAUUGCCCCCUAGAGGGGGAGGGAAGUUCACUCGUGCCGUAUCAUGCAGGUGUUACGAGGAUAUGCCGCUCCAAGAUCUACAAGCGGCGCAAGAGAGGCAGACUAUUCAGAAUCUGUGUGAUACCCUUCGUACGAUUCUGCGGUUGUAA